AGUUAUUUACAUCCGGAGGAGGCGCCGCUGUCCUGAAGGCAGACAGCUUCAGCAGAAAUGGCUGCGCAGCUGAGCCGGGUUUGGUCGGGUCUGUGUCGGGCUCGGAUACAUUCGGCCCACCUGCGGCGCUCAGUGACUCAGAGCCGGACCUCCAGCGCCGCCGGAGCCGCGAGCGUGACGGAUCUGCAGCCAGCGGUGACGCACGAGGACGAGAGCUACGGGCACGCAGAGGUCAACCCGUUCGACAAGAACCCAGACUACCAUGGCUUCUCAGAUGACCCGUUUGUAGACGAGUGGAACAUGCGUUUGGCGUUCUUCUUUGGCAUUUCCAUGGCCAUCGUCGUCGGUGGAACCUUUAUCCACUAUUUACCGGAUCACGGUAUGAGGCAGUGGGCUCGCCGCGAAGCCGAGCGGCUCAUCAUCCUGAGAGAGGCGCAUGGUCUGCCUUUGAUCGACGAAAACUACUACGACCCAAGCAAAAUCGUCCUCCCGUCGUCCUCAGACGAGUAGACAGCAACCAAUUUCUGUUUAUUCUUCAUUUGUGUUUGACUGUACAUUUAAUUCUAGUAAAAUAUCACAAUAAAACCUUUAUUAUUUAG